AUGGCAGUCAGACUGUGUGAUGUGGCUUCUCUGCUUAGAAGCGGUUCGUGGGCAGCAGAGCCUUGGACCGGGCAGGUAAUUGCUGCCAUGGAAACACAACUGUCUAAUGGGCCAACUUGCAAUAACACAGCCAAUGGUCCAACCACGGUAAACAACAACUGCUCCUCACCAGUUGACUCCGGGAACACGGAGGACAGCAAGACCAACCUAAUAGUCAACUACCUUCCUCAGAACAUGACCCAGGAGGAGCUCAAGAGUCUUUUCGGGAGCAUUGGUGAGAUAGAGUCCUGUAAGCUUGUAAGAGACAAAAUAACAGGCCAGAGCUUGGGUUACGGCUUUGUGAACUACAUUGACCCCAAGGAUGCAGAGAAAGCUAUCAACACUCUGAAUGGAUUGAGACUUCAAACCAAAACAAUAAAAGUUUCCUAUGCUCGCCCGAGCUCAGCUUCUAUCAGAGAUGCAAACUUGUAUGUCAGCGGGCUUCCGAAAACAAUGACCCAGAAGGAGCUGGAGCAGCUGUUCUCACAGUACGGGCGCAUCAUCACUUCUCGCAUUCUUGUCGACCAGGUCACUGGCAUAUCAAGGGGUGUAGGGUUUAUUCGAUUUGACAAGCGGAUUGAGGCAGAAGAAGCUAUCAAAGGCCUAAAUGGCCAGAAACCUCCUGGUGCCACAGAGCCAAUCACUGUAAAGUUUGCUAAUAAUCCAAGCCAAAAAACCAAUCAGGCCAUCCUUUCCCAGCUGUACCAGUCUCCAAACAGAAGGUACCCAGGACCGCUAGCUCAGCAGGCACAGCGUUUUAGGUUGGACAAUCUGCUCAAUAUGGCUUAUGGAGUGAAGAGUAGGUUUUCACCAAUGACGAUUGAUGGAAUGACCAGUCUUGCUGGAAUUAAUAUUCCUGGGCACCCCGGAACGGGCUGGUGCAUAUUUGUGUACAACCUGGCCCCUGACGCAGAUGAAAGUAUCCUGUGGCAAAUGUUUGGGCCUUUUGGAGCUGUCACCAACGUGAAGGUCAUCCGUGACUUUAACACCAAUAAAUGCAAAGGUUUUGGAUUUGUGACUAUGACAAACUAUGAUGAGGCUGCCAUGGCGAUAGCUAGCCUCAAUGGAUACCGUCUGGGAGACAGAGUCCUGCAGGUCUCCUUUAAAACAAACAAAACGCACAAAGCCUAA